UUUUGGUUUAGCAAACUCUUUCGGGUACAUCAUCACUAUAAGGGUGAAAAAUCCCUUCCAAGGGAUUUCCCCCAGUUUUGAGCCGAUUUCUCCCAAAAUUGGAGAUAUUGCGCAAAGCAUCGGGAAAACCAGCUGGUGCAAUUCUGGAAGUGUUUGUUCGAAGCGUUCUUGAGUGGUCCACCUUAAUGUUUGAAACUGUCAGUUACGAUGCCUUCGGAUUCGUUAACUGACAGGGAUACUGGACAUGAAGAUACCGGAGAAGAAGUGUUUGGGAACGAAACGAUAUCUUUGGUGGACAGAUUAAGAGAGACCACGAUGGAGAAAGAGAGGAUGAAAUCUGUAGACAGUCUUGACAGCGAGACUCUAGAAUUCACCUCGAAUUUACUGGAGGAACUGGAAAAGACGAUGAAGGAGGAGAUUGCCAGACUGAGCAGGAGAUUAGACAAAAUGGUGGCUUUCAUUAGAUCACCAUCCGGUAGAAAUGUACAUACCACUAUGAAAGGCUUAGUGAUUGACUCGGAUCGCAUCUGCAAAAAGGUUAGCGAGGUCAAAGACCUUGCGGAGAAAACAAGAGGCUCUUGGCAAAGAAAGAUCAUAGAUGGUCUGGAGAACACGGUGGUGCCGAAGAUAUCUAUGGAUGAAGGUAAACUGGACAAUAUAUAUUCGGCGAUUGUAGAGUUAAGGCAUACAGUGGAGGGGCGGUUGGGAUUGGAGGAACCGAUUAAAAACAACAGGCAAGGCACGCAGAAAGUGGACAAAGAUAGGGCGGGAAAGCAGACGGAGACGACUAGGGUCAGCAAGGUGGACGACUGGGGCAAGGUAACUACCAAAAAAGCAAGGAAAAUGGAAGGCAAGACGAAACCACCAGCAGUCUUGAUCAAAACUGGGGCAACUUCGUAUGUUGAAGCGCUAAAGAAAAUCAGAACGGAGCCAUCAUUAAGGGAACUGGCGCAAGACAUAACGGCGAUGAGAAAAACGGAAGCGGGCCAUCUUCUGGUCGAAAUGAGCAGAGGAUCACUUUCGGUGGAGAAGGUCAACUCGGCAAUAAAAACGGCAGUGGGAAGUGAGCUAGUGGUAUCCACCUUACAAAACACUACAAGGUUUGGAAUCUUUGGACUAGACGAUAUUACAACUCAGGAGGAGGUUCUCGAGGCUGUAGAUAGGGAGACAAAUUUCAGGGCUGGAGGCAUUGAGGUCAAAAUAGUCCUGAGGGACAUGGCUAGAAGCCAGAAGUUGGCCAUAGUGACCAUGCCACAGGAGUUGGCGAAGAAAAUACUUGAGAAGGGACGACUUUGUGUUGGUUAUGUUUCAUGCAGGAUUAAACAGUGGAUUGAUAAGAAGCGAUGUUUCCGGUGCAUGGCCUUUGGCCAUGACUCAAAGGAGUGCUCUGGACCGGACCGCACUGACUGCUGCCGGGCAUGUGGACAGGGAGGACAUGUGGCCAAGGAAUGUAAGGAGCCGGAGGACACGAGGAAGGCAUUUGGAGUCCUGCUGAGACGGGAAGAAACGGAGAGGCUGCACCGAAUAGCUGGAGCAGGUAGAAGUUUGGAGGUGAGCAGCGGAGUGCCAUCGUCCUCACUGCAAUCAUGA